GCGCGCGCCCUGCCUCCUACCGUCACCAUCCCCGGCCACCGCUGCAGCCAUCUGAGCGCACGACGCUUCCUCGCAACCCCAGUCGUCCGCGCUUGAUCACUGUCGCUUCCCCUCGGGCAUACAUAUCGGCCCCCCGCGCCGACCGGGUCAUCACUUGCGCUCCUCCUACUCCUCCACCAUCAUGAUCACGUAUGGGCAGCAGACGCUGCAGAACAUACGCCAGUACUGCCAGCGUCUUUUCCUGCAGUUUGGACACCACUGCGCCACCCACCAGAUCCGCGUCCUUCUCAUCUCGGGCGUUGUCAUCACAUCCCUCUGCUACCCCGCGCUCGCCGUCUACACCUCUUCCGUCCCCGAGUCUGUCUCUAUCCUCGACACCUUCACAGGCACGAGCGCAGUCAAGGACCUGCACAACCUCUGGUCUUCCCACAGCACCCUCCGCGUGCAGGAAGACGCGGUGUCGCGCGCGCGUUGCGGCGUCGGCCGCGUCCUACGCCAGGAGCGCGUGCUCGUGGAGAGUCCCCUCGAUGACGACGACGGCGCGGUCAACCACCAGAUCCUCUUCUCCACCCUCACGCUCGAGCGCAGGAUCGAGGACCUCAUAGGCGACCGAUGUCUCAAGCGCCCCGACGGCCGCGGUUGCUUCGUGCUAUCCCCCCUCGCGUUCUGGGACCACGACCUGCGAAGCCUGAUUGCGGACGCAAACAUCCUUGACACGCUCAGCUUGACGAAGAACGUCUCCGUCGCGGGCGUCCCGCUCACACCGCAGAUGGUCACCGCAGGGCGUAGCUCGCCUGACGGCUCCAGCACGUCCUUCGACUUUGCACGCUUCCUCGUCCUUACGUACUUUUUCCCCGAGACGGACUGCCUCGCGACGAGCAACCACGCCGCGUGGCUAGAGGUUGUCUCCACCGCAGCAUCGACGAACGCCAAGAUCAGCGUCGAGGUGCAAGAGCCGUCCAUCGUCGCGCUCGAGUACGAUCCUUCCCUAUCGCAAAGCCGCGGCCUCUCUGCGCUCUCCGCCUUCCUCUACCUUGCCUACACCGGCGUCCUGGCAUACAUCACUAUCUGCAUGCGCCGCAUGACUGGUGUACACUCCCGCCUCGGUCUCACCUUCACCGCCAUCGUCGAGAUAGUUGUCAGUACUAUCACUAGUCUUAGCGUCUGUGCCUUGGUAGGCUUCAAGAUUACCAUGGUUCCUUGGGAGAUCCUUCCCGUGACGAUCGUAUUCGUCGGCGCUGAACACAUGAUACAUCUGGUAUAUGCCGUCACCCGAACACCGAUCACGGUGUCUGUCAAGGAGCGCGUCGCAAUGGGUCUGAGUGUCGCCGGGACGUCGAAUACUCUGAAGGUCGUCUCAUAUAAUGCCAUCCUUGGCGUUAUCGCCGUGUUCUCCGCGGGCGCGAUUCGCCAGUUUUGCACCUUCGCUGUCGUGGUGCUUGUUGCGCAUUGGUUCCUCGCACACACGUUCUUCCUCACCGUUCUGUCGAUUGACAUUCAGAGGCUAGAGCUGGACGAACUUCUGCGGCAGAACACAAGUUUGGGACCAGCGAUACCGGCGCGGGAGCGGCCGCUGGGGCAUCCAAACUCGUUCGCCAACAAGGUGGUGUUCCUAUGCAGAAGAUUACUGAAGGGUCGCGCGACCAAGAACAUCAGCUUGUUCAUGCUGCUCGGUAUUACCGCUACACUGUACUACGCGACGACCCCUGCUUCCUUCGUCCUAUCGUCUUCAGCGUCUCCAGCAGCGCCCACUGUCAGCGGCGCCCUCACUCGCCCGCGUACCAACAUCACCCACUACGAGCACAACGCCAACGAGCCACCUGCCAAGCAAAUCUGGAAGCUCCUCAACCCUGACGAGAUCACCCCCUUCCACGUCGUCGCGCAGGCGCCGACCCGCGUCACCUUCAUCCCUGAGGCGUCGCGCGCUGCUGAGGACCACCGGCACCACAUCCGCCUCGGUUUCUCGACGCGCACGUUCCGCUUCUUCGCGUGGUUCCUCCGCACGAUCAUCUUCCCCAUUUCGGCGACUACGACUGCGCUCUACGGCCUCUUGCUCUACCUCUUGAAGAAUGCAGAGCUCCUCGAGGCGCAGCGGCACCGCCCCGAGGCGGAUGCGCCGCCCGCGAAGGAGGAUGCGAAGUCGUUGGAGGGCGAGGUCGCGUUUUCGACGCACGCGCGCGCGUUCACGAGCGACGUCGAGCUGCUCGCGGCGAGCGCGCUCGGACACGUCGUCGCCGCCGUCGGGCUGCAGAACGAGGUUACGAUCUGGCGCACAAGUGCGACCGGCCGGCGGUCGCACGUCUCGAUCGACCUCGCGGUUGCGCUUGCUAGGUCAGCGAGCUCUUCCUCCGCCAGCCCCGUCAUCACCGCGAUCGCGGUCGACGGGCCGGGGACGCUGUGCGCGGUCGGCACGGGCGAGGGCGUAGUGGCGGUUUUCCAGGUGCUGCAGGGCGCAGUGCGUCCACUGGCGACGAUGGGCGUGGAGAACACGAGCGCGGGCGUCGUCGACAUGGCGUUCGUCGGCGCGGGGAGGCCGCAGGAGCGGCCGGCGCCAUAUCGGACGCCCCCGUCAUCGCGCCCGGUGACACCGGUGCCACAAGCGGCGGAGCCUGUCCUGACGGUCUGCUAUGAGAGCGGGCUGGUGGCGAAGUGGACGGUCAGCGCGAGUCCACAGGCGACGUUUGUGACGCCGAGGCGCGGUGCUGGGGUGGUGCGGACAUGGCUGGUGCGCUCGGGCGGGGAGGGAGGCCAUUUGCUCGCGGCGUUUGCGCAGGAGGACGGCCGGCUGGAGCUCGUCGAUCUUAGCGAGGAUGGUAGCGAGAGCCUGGUGCACCCGGAGCUGUGCUUGCACCCUGGAAGCGCGGUCGACCGGGUAGCGCAAGUUCAUGUCGCGGCGAUACAACUGGAGGGCGAGACGCGAGUUGUCGUGGCGGCUGCGACUGAUGCAGGGGUCGUGUCACUAUGGGAUGGCUUGACGGGUGAUGUCAUUGCUGUACUCGACGACGCGCAUGGCACUGUCACACGUCUUCGCAUCGCGCCAGUCAAGAGUGACGCCUGUCGACGCUGUGGCCACCAUCCGCUCGAAAGCUUCGUCGUCGCCCUCGCGGCCAGCCAAAACGUGCGUUUCUUCCAAGCCUAUCUCUCUGACGACAAGACGCAGCGCUGCUCCUGCUCCCGCGCGCGUCAGUUGCCCUCUUCUUUGGGCCGCCGCUCGCGCAGCAGCAGCUUCGCCGGCGCGCCCUCCCCCGUCCUCGGCCGCAAGCGCCUGCCCUUCAGCGACGACGCACCCUACCCGAUCUCGGGGCACGGCGUGCACUCGCGCCGCGCGUCAGAGAAGGACCGGCGCGGGUAUGGCGCGGAUACGCUCGGCGUCGAGGACGCGGCGCUGUUCGACCGCGAUGCGCGGCCAGUGAGCGCGUUCUGGCAGCGCGCCUUCGUCGUCGCGGCCGCGGAGGCGCCGUGCGCGAUGGGGAGCUGGGAGCAGUGCGCCAGGGGUGUGGUGGGCGUCCGCCGGCGGCCGCGCGCGCUGGGGAAGGGCCCGCCGCCCGUGCCGUCGACGUCGGCGUCUUCGUGGGGCUUGACGAGCACGGUGCUCGAGCGGUGGGAGGUGUGGCGGUACGAGCCCUCGACCGGCGACGUGUGGUCCUCGCCGCUAUCCGCGGUGUUUGAUGCGGCCUCGGUGCCGGAUGAAGGGGACCACGUUCCGCGCAUGCCGUUCACGCGUGUGUAUCCGCUAUUGCUGGGUGGAGUGUGCGGGUUUGCUGGAUUCGGCAACACGGUGGGGAUGUUCGAGUUCGGGGAGAGAUGACAGCGUUUGGAGACAUGUCCGCUAUGCAGGUGGAGGGUGCCGGUGGUUGCGGGCAACCGGAAAAUGUAUUGUAUGGCCAUAAACAUGGAAGAUAAUGUAUCAAAUGGAUAUACUUAGAGUAUCUACAGAUCUACUGACUAUUUGCAUCGUUCUGGGAUUGUGGGGGUGUGGUCUGGCCGAUUUCGAGGUGAG